CCUUCCCCGUGACCCAUCAGUUGCUGCUGCGACUUCAAGAACACCAACAAUAAUUCGCUAACACAGUUUGUUUCAAGAUCCGCCCGCUUUGCCCGCCGCCCGCCGCCCGCCGCCCCUCUCUCUCUCUCGCUCUCUUUCUCUUUCUCUUUCUCUCUCCCUCUCCCGAGUACUCCGUCUGUUUCUUUCUUCGCUUCUACUCCAUUCUUCCCUUCUCUCACAGAACACACCAGAAAGACUGAACCACUGCUUCGCCACACAAGCGUCGCGUUCAUCGCAUUCGAGCCCCGCCUUUUCCCUCCAUUCCUUCCCUGCCGUUCAACCUUAAGCCCUUCCCGCCUCGUCCUUUGCGGUUCCAGCGUUUCAUCUUCAGAACCACACAGCAUCGAUGAUCAUCCUGUGCCGUUGUUAGAGCGCAGGGCAACAGUCUAUUGAUUCUGCCUUGUCCAACCACGUCCCUGAUUCGAUGGCGUACAACAGCUAUUCCAACAAUGGCGGCUCUUAUCCCCAGUACUCCCACACAAACCACCUGAAUGCCAACGAGAACCGCGCAUCGGCUUACACCCCGCCCUAUCCGGCGCAGUACCCAGCGCAGUAUGGACCUGGACCCGAACAACCGAACAUGGCUCAGCCUCAAGUGCCUCCCCGACCCUCUUCCCCAGGCAACUAUUAUACCAAACCGCCAUACGACCCCAAUGCAUGGCCGCAGCCCCAGCAACAGCCGCACACCGGAAGGAUCAAUGAGGCUGUCAACUCUGCCUUCCGCCAGGCCGAUACCCCAGCAUACCUGUCUCCCGAUGUGGUCUCACAGAUUACGGCGACAGUAAUACAACAGCUGAAAGCAACGGGCUUGGACGGUUUGCACAGCGACCAACAGCCCCCGUCAGUGUCAUCGCCGCAAUGGGCUCCUCCUCCUCCUCCACAAACUGCUGCCCCCACCUAUGGAGAGCCGGCAUUUCCCACCACGGUGCCCCAAGCUGCUCCCCCACCACCUCCGCCCAAAGUUGGCCCCGAUCCUGGUGAUUACCCGACGCCUGUGCCACCCACAGGGCGCCCGACUAGUCCCCAUUUAUAUGCGGGCUCAUCUUCCGGUCCUUCGACUGACCGCCGCGCGUCACCGGCGAGUCAGGUUAGUGAACCCAGCCAUAGUGUGGAGUCGUCUCGACCAAAGCCACCAUCGCGGGAUGUCACGGUGACGGAAAUGACCACCUUGGAGAAGAUCUGGGGCAAGCUCUUUGAGAAGGGCAAGCCGACGGAGAGACUGGGGCAGCUCUUGCGUGGUGUCGCGGUUCAUUUGAUCGAAAACUAUCCGCCCGGAAACACCCUGGUCGUUACUCCCGAGAAGCUGCAGAAGUUUUAUGAGGACACCAAAAUCGAAAGCGACCCUUAUCCUUGGCAAGACAUCUUCGAUGACCGCACAUCUUCGAUCUCAAGAUUGUUUCGCGAAGUGGAGGCGGAACAUCAUCUCGUGCAGAACAAGCUGAAUGAGAGACCGGAUAUCCCGGGCUUGACUCCGCGGGGAUUCGAGCGGUGGGCCACUCUGAUGAUCCAAGCCCACCCUGACAAGGAGUAUGAGCGCUUCCACAACGCGGUCCUAAAUAUGCCUAUCAAUAACCCCGACAACCGGCGAGAGCGCUUCCCGAAAGAAAUCCCACGGCGACUGUUUCCAGACUUGCCCAACUUGUCGUUGAGGGAAGAGAUCGAUCAGUUUAUCAUGCGACACUGUGGCGUCGACCUGCCUCCAAUUUCGGAGGAGGAGUUGAAGAAAGUUGCCGAACAACGUCAUAAAAAGGCCGCACACAAAGCUUCAGUGAGCUCGGUAGAAUCGAACCCGUCGCUUAGUGAGCGCGAGCGUCACCCGUACCACACCACGUCGGCGACCACCUCGUCGUCUGCCGUAGUCGAUGACGAGGAGGACAAGGAGGUGCCCUCUCGUCCCAUCGAGCGCCAAAGAAAGCCGUACACAGCACACCCGGGGGGUGGGAAGGUCUACAAUGAAGGCUCUGCCCCGCAUCGUCAUGCGAGUUCAACCACAAGCUCUGGUCCGAGAGACAGCCCGACCCUGUCUGCAACCCGCUUGCCAGAUACAUACAACCAAGAACCUCAUCACUACCGCGCGGGGACGCCCCAGUCACAGCGUCCAGCCACUGCCUUUGGACGGCCGCGAAGCCCGCGGGGGUUCAACGCCGGGACUGACUACCGACACUCGGAAAGCGACCUCUUGGCUCACAGCGGUAACGCGCGGUACCCGGCAACCUCUGAUGGAGAUUAUUACUACUCGUCCAACGCUUCCACUCUUCCGGGAGGAGACGUGCCCACUGAGGAUCGUCGCCGAUACAAGGACCUUGACCCGGAGACCGAGGAUCAGAGGCUUUAUGAAGCGAUCCGCGAGCGAGACAAGGAGAAGAAGCGAAGCAGCUGGGGCGGGGACGAAGAUUACUAUCGCAGUAACCCGAUCAGCGGCACGGGCGGCACGGGCUACGAUUACAAGACGUAUGGCUACCGGUGAAGUCUUCCCUGGGAGAUUUGGUUCUUGGUUCUGUUUUUUGGUUCUGCUUUGGGAGAGAUAUCCAUUGUGCGUACGUUUUGUCGCGUUUCAUGGCUUUUGUGAUUGUAAUAGCGCUGCGUGGUUUUUUAAUGGCUUUUCACGACCUGAUGAUAACGUUUUCAUGACUGACUGUCUUUGGAGGGAAGGGA